AUCCUGCCAUCCCCCAGCCGCAAGGAACAGUGGGGGGGAGACAUUGGGUUUCGAAGACGGACCCAUUUGGAGCUCACUUCACUUCUAUGCUUUCGCGCACACUUCCUCGCGGUUUCACCCACAUAACCGCCAUUGCUGCUACUGGGCUUCCGUGCCCGCCAGCUCAUCUCCUGUGGCUGGACCCGGCGAUUGCUUUUUCGCAUUGCCCUGCCGGCCAUUGAACGACCCACACCGAGCCACACACCGAGUGCCCCUGGCAAACACCCCGCGCUCGAUUCUCAAUCCUCACUCCUCGACCUACAUCGCUCGUCUUCACGAUCCUGAUUCGGGACCUGCCCACUUCAUCCCGGCCCGUCGACAGUCUCGCUCAAAUGAACCAACAAUCGCAGUACCAGCCGCAGCGGCGGACAGGCACCUUCUCGUCUCAGCACGAUGAGAUGCACAUGGCGUCGCAAGGCAUCCCAGGUCACCAAAGCCACCAAAGCCACCAGAGCCACCAGAGCCAAGGCCAGAACCAGCAGAUGUCCCCCCGCGACUACUCGACCGGUGCCCCCCACAUCAAGCUCGAGCAGGUCUCCCCGAGUCUCCCCCAAAUGCAAGGCUACCAGGGCUCCGGUACCGUACCGAACGUGCUCCAACCCGGCGCGUCUGGCACCCGACCACCCACACUUCCCUCCAACGCCGCCCCUACGCUUCCCAGCAUGCAGCAGUCGGAUUACCAGUCGCAUCAGAGCCAAACACAGGGCAAGCACAACUCGAUGAGCCUGUCGCAUAGCUACUCUCGCUCGAGCCCCUCUGCGCACUACGAGGCUGGCGGGACGGGCUAUCACCCAUACACCCCGACCACCCCUGGCGGCACAGCUGCCUCAUCGCAGUUUAUGUCUCCUACCGAACCGAAAUACAACCCAGCGAGUUCGCGCAACAUCUCCAAUACCCCUCUUGGGCUCGCCGAUAUCCGACCCCGCGCCGACUCGAGCCUAUCCGACGGUUUGCCCGGGACGCCUGGGUACGAACUGGCAAGCACGCAGUCGCGAACCAGCAAUUACAUGGCUCCAUGGGCGCUCUAUGCUUUCGACUGGUGUAAAUGGGCUCCCCAGGCCAACAGUGCCGGCAAGCUCGCCAUUGGCAGCUACUUGGAAGACGGUCAUAACUUUAUACAAAUCCUCGACGCCCAGCUUACUACUACGCCGUCCGAUGUUUACGUUCCCGGGGGACCUAAAUGGUCUAUGGACUUUACAAGGAUUGCUGAGGCCACUCACUCAUACCCCGUCACCCGCUUACUCUGGGAACCGCCCUCGUCGCAGAAGCAAUCUACCGACUUGCUUGCUACCUCUGGAGACCACCUCCGGCUCUGGUCCCUUCCAUCUGAUACCCAGCAGGGCACUCCUGGCUCCUCCAUAACAUCGAGAAACGGCCGCGAUGCACCCGUCACGAAACUCACCCCGCUGGCUCUCUUGUCCAACUCCAAGACGCCCGACCACACCGCGCCGUUGACCUCGCUCGACUGGAACACGGUCAACCCGAGCCUGAUCAUCACCUCGAGCAUAGACACGACAUGUACCAUCUGGGACAUCCCGUCCCUGACCGCCAAGACCCAGCUGAUCGCCCACGACAAGGAGGUCUACGACGUCCGGUUCUGCGCCCAGAGCACCGACGUGUUCGUCAGCUGCGGCCAAGACGGCAGCGUCCGUAUGUUUGACCUGCGCAGCCUCGAGCACAGCACCAUCAUCUACGAGCCGACAGGCAAAGAUGACCGAGACUCCAACGGCGGCCGCAUGAGCCCGACCCUCGCCCAGCAAACCCUCUCCCACCCGCCCCCGCUCCUACGCCUCGCGACCUCGCCGCACGACCACCACCUGCUGGCGACCUUCGCGGCCGACUCCAACGUGAUCCGCAUCCUGGACGUGCGCCAGCCGGGGCAGGCCCUGCUCGAGCUGCGCGGCCACUCGGGCGCCCUCAACUGCGUCGAGUGGUCCCCGCUCCGCCGCGGCACCCUCGCCUCCGGCGCCGACGACUGCCAGGUCCUCGUCUGGGACCUCAUGAACCACGCCACCCAGUCGGUCGGCCCUACUACGGUGGCGGCGGCGGCGCCGACGGUGCCGAAUGGUGCUGCGGGGGCUGGCCCGGGGGCGGCUGCUGGUGGUGGUGGUGCGCAGGCGGCUGCUGCUGCGGCUGCUGCGGCUGCGGCGGCGAGUGGGGAUAAUGUGCGUAGUCCGGUUAGUAGUUGGCAGUGUGAGUAUGAGGUGGGGAAUGUGGGGUGGGUGCCGCAUCUGGCGGGGGGCGAGUAUGGUGAGUGGUUGGGCGUGAGUGCGGGGCGGGGGGUUUGGGGGGUAAGGCUGUGA